ACGUCAUGCUCAGUUGGGGGAUUUAAACUGCUGACUAAUUCUUAUUUUUGGUUUUGAGUUAAAUUUUCUUGCUAUUUUAUUGAUUCAAUUCUGUGGUUUAAUUCUGUGGAUUUACUUUUUCGAUCAAAACUAAUUAUUAUCCUUUAAUUCAAAAUGGAACGUUUAUUAAGUCUCGGUGGUGGUCUCGGUAAUUUAAGACAGGGUGGUGGUGCUUCUGAUGGACCUGUGGUUGACACUGCUGAACAAGUUUAUAUUUCAUCUUUAGCUUUGCUAAAAAUGUUAAAACAUGGCAGAGCCGGUGUUCCAAUGGAAGUUAUGGGUUUGAUGUUAGGAGAAUUUGUCGAUGAUUAUACUGUACGAGUCAUUGAUUGUUUUGCCAUGCCUCAGAGUGGUACUGGUGUGAGUGUUGAAGCUGUUGAUCCUGUCUUUCAAGCUAAAAUGUUAGAUAUGCUUAAGCAAACAGGCCGUCCAGAAAUGGUUGUUGGCUGGUAUCACUCUCACCCGGGAUUCGGGUGUUGGCUUUCUGGUGUCGAUAUUAAUACACAGCAAAGUUUUGAGGCCCUUUCCGAACGAGCUGUUGCCGUUGUAGUUGAUCCUAUUCAAAGUGUCAAAGGCAAAGUUGUUAUUGAUGCUUUCCGCCUUAUCAAUGCAAACAUGAUGGUCUUGGGACAGGAACCUAGACAGACAACUUCCAACUUAGGUCAUCUUAACAAACCAUCAAUUCAAGCUCUUAUCCAUGGACUUAAUCGUCAUUAUUACUCCAUUUCUAUAAACUAUCGUAAAAAUGAGUUGGAACAAAAGAUGCUCUCAAACCUUCAUAAGAAAAGCUGGAUCGAUGGCUUGUCUUUACGAGAUUACAAUGAACAUUGUUCUUUAAAUGAGAAAACUGCUAAAGAUAUGGUCAACCUCGCCAAAGCAUAUAACAAAGCAGUAGAGGAAGAAGAUAAAUUAACUCCUGAGCAAUUAGUGAUUAAAAAUGUGGGUAAACAGGAUCCUAAACGUCAUCUCGAAGAGAAUGUUGAUGGCCUUAUGAAUAGCAACAUUGUACAAUGUUUGGGAGCUAUGAUUUCCAAUUCGGUUUUCAAAUAAUUUCAAUAAAAACAAUCUUAUCCAAUCUUAACAAAAGAAUAUGGGUUAAAUUUAGACAUGA